AUGAGAUACAAAAUAACUUCAAAAAGACUCAACGAGAAGAUCCUGGCAGUACAUGUAAACGGAGAGGUCUACACGGGAGGAACAUCCAAGACACUAAUCAAUCAGGGCACAGGAGAAGUGAUGUGCCGGACUCAGAAAUCCAUAAGGUCGAUAGCAAGCCAUGGAAAGUACGUAUGCUGUGGAAGCUACGAUUGUACUGCAGUGCUAUUUUGCGAUGGAAAUGUUGUAGAUGUGAUUGAGGGCCCGGACACAGAGAUCAAGUGUGUUGCAUUCUCUGAGGAUGGGAAGUAUCUAGCGAUGGCAACCAGAGGAAAAGCUGUCUGGGUUGUGAGGAUAGGGGAGGAGAUAGAGAUCGAGGAGAUCAUAGAGGACCAUCUCCAUGACGUUAAGGGAUGCAUAUUCCACGGGGGAUUUCUGUUUACAUAUGGCUAUGACAACACUGUGAAGGUUUAUGACAGAUUUGAUUACGAUGGCACCUGGGAGCUGGUUCAAUCCAUUGACGAAAGGAGCACAGUGUGGUGUGUUAUUUUCCAUGAGGGAAAGAUGAUAUGCACGACUGAGGAAGGAAUGGUCAGCUCGUAUAUUCUAAGGAACGGAUGGGAGUGCGAGGUGUCUAGAAAGCUAUCCAUGCUCCCUAUAUAUACCAUUUGCAGUGUUGGAGGGAACAUGGCAUAUGCUCUGAAUAGAGGCAGCAUUGGGAUAAUUGAUGGAGGUCUUAAUGUUGUGGAGACGAUUGAGAAUGUACACGAAGACUUUAUAAAUGGGAUUGCAUACGAUGAGAGGACAGGCAGAAUUGUAAGUGGGGGAGACGAUGGGAUUCUGAAUGUAAUUGAGCUACUUUGA